AAGUACUUCCUUCUCUUAAUUAAACGAAUAAUUGUGAAUUAUUCCAAACAAGUAUAACAGAUGAUUCAAAAUUAGUCAAUUUUACGUUUUUGGAAGAUAAAACGGUCAAUACAUAUAUUUUCCUGCUAUAGUUAUUUUUUUUAGAAAUGAUGUUUAAAAUGAUUUUUUUCUUGGUUAGCAUGGCUUUAGUUUCACAAGGAACAACAGGAAUGUACUGCUUUCAUUGUAUACAUGUCAAAGCUGAUCUCAGUAAUGCUUAUAAUGUAGAACAUUUCCAAAAGUUUAUUGACGAGUUUUCGAAGUUAAGAACAUCAGCAUGUGUUCAUAAAAAAACUAAUGGCCCACUCACUAAUAUCGUCUCAUGUAAAACAUCUUCAUAUCAACAAAGAGAACAAAAAUGUGGGACAAUCAACGGGGAUGUAGUCCUGCGUCAAGCAUACCUCGGAAUAGAUAUACCCACGAAAGUAACAAUCAGCGGAUGUUUAGAAGUUGACAAUGGUACAGAGGCCGAAUGUUACACAGAUCUGAAUAUGUUAAAUGAGAAUAGAGAAAUCCUAGUAAACUUCCUAAACAAGAAAAUAGGAAUUCUGGAAAUGCAAACAGGCAAUUUCACUAAUGGACAGAUUUGUAUUAUAAAGCCGUCUUAUGAGACCGGGGAAAACGAUAAGAUACCAAAUACUGGGUAUAGCAGGAAUACAUGCGACCAUGUGAAAGGAUGUUUAAAAGUACCACCUAGCACAGAAGCUGUCACAACUGAUGAUCAUGAUGAAGGCCACCCCAACAUAGAAGAACUCAUCUACAAGGGUUUGAUUUUACUUAUAGUAGUGUCACUAGUAAUUUUCUCUCUGACUUGUAUAUGCUGGAAAUAUGAAUUAUCUUGCAAGAACAGAUGGCAAGGUACAGAUCACAAUAACACAACACAUACCAAUGUAUCUGAAAACUAUCCGCCUCAAGGAGAGACACACGAGUACGAUGAAGUAGAUGAUGGCUUUUUGAAUCGGGAAUCUUCCAUAAAUAAUGGGCAUGACGUGAGAAACAGUGGAAGUUCGUCUGGGGAUAUCGGCAUUUGUGGAAUAGACAGUGAUGGUUAUCUGAAUCCCUAUCAUGCGCUAAAAUCAAUAGAAAUUACAUUCGAACAGGGGCUAAGUUCAGAACGAUCAAGCACACAAACCAGUAUCAUAAAUGCACAGGAGAAUACAGUUUAUUUUCAAAAAUCAGAAUAAAUAUUCUGACAUUAUGGAUUAAGUUAGUAGAAAAUUUUACUGUUGUUUUUGUUAUUACUGGUUUUGGUAGGCGGCUUACUUAUAUAGUAAUUGCGCCUUAAAUUCAUAUAAUAUAAAUAUUAUGUAUA